AGAAUGUAAAUACUGUAAAAGUGGAGGUGCCAGGGUGGGGCCUUUGCGUAGUUGACUUCAGUUCAACUUCAGUAGUUAAAGUCCGUACAGCGUAGACCGAAACAUGAACUGUUUAAGUAGUGUGACCCUAUUGGUCCUGUCGACCAUAUUUUCCAUUGUCGCAAGUUUAUCAAUAUCGCCACAUGGACCACUUCUACUGGGAGCACCACAAUGUCCUGAAAUAUAUGGAGAACAAGCAUAUCCACAUCCAGAUAGUUGUAAUACAUAUUUCUUGUGUACAAAUGGUAGUUUAACAUUGGAACAUUGUGAAAAUGGUUUACUCUUCGAUGGCCAUGGCAAAGUUCAUCAACACUGUAAUUAUCAUUGGGCUGUUGAUUGUGGACAUCGCAAAUUUGACUUAACUCCAUUGAGUUCGCCAGGAUGUGAAUAUCAAUUUGGAAUUUAUCCCGACAGUGAUUCUUGCAGUCAAACAUAUAUAAAAUGUGUACAUGGAGAUCCACUUCAGGAGCAUUGUGAUGCUGGUUUAGUUUAUGAUGAAAAAUCACAUACUUGCGUUUGGCCAGAUCAACUUUUGCCCUUCUGUAAUCCCGAGCAAGUUAUUGGAUUCAAAUGUCCUAAAAAAGUACCAGCACAUACUGCCGCUGCCAAAUUUUGGCCAUUCCCAAGAUUUCCAGUUCCUGGGGAUUGUGGAAGAUUGAUUACAUGCGUAGAAGGUCAUCCACGACUUAUCACCUGUGGUGAUGGAAAACUUUUUGAUUCUGAAACUCUAAGUUGUUUGGACCCAGACGAACUCCCACAUUGUGCCAAUCAUCUUUAAAAAAGGAAAAAAAAUCCGAGCUCCAACAACAAAAAUCAACAAAGCAGUCUUUCAAAAUUUCUCUAUACUUGUAAAUAAAUAAAUUCCUAUAAAGAACAA